AUAUGAGUUUUGUCUCGGAUAAUAUUUGAAGUGACUGACUAUCCUGUGUGUGAGGGGGUUAGGUGAAUCCUAAAAGGCUGACAGAAUUAGGCAAACUACCUGAAAGUAAUACAGAGAAAGGACUUAAACUCUGUAUUGAACUGAACUUGAGCUUGUACUGAAUAAGAAAAUGGCUUCUACAUCUUUUGCAGAGAAGGAUUUCACCUGUCCUGUUUGCUUUGAAAUCUUCAAGGAUCCCGUCCUCCUCUCCUGUAGUCACAGCGUCUGUAAAGCUUGUCUGCAGCAGUUCUGGGACACUAAGGGAUCUACAGAAUGCCCAGUCUGUAGGGGAACAUCGUCAAAUGACAAACCUCCUCUUAACCUUCACUUAAAGAACCUGUGUGAGACCUUCGUACAGGAGAUAAGUGAGAGAGCUUCAGCAGGGUGUGAGGUGCUCUGCAGUCUGCACAGUGAGAAACUCAAGCUCUUCUGUCUGGAGGAUAAACAGCCUGUGUGUUUGGUGUGUCGAGACUCAAGGAAACAUAAAAAUCACAGCUUCAGUCCCGUAGAUGAAGCAGCACUGGACUGUAAGGAGGAGAUCAAGGUCAAACUGCAGCCCUUACAGGAGAAACUGAAGACCUUUGAGGAGGCUAAACUCACCUGUGACCAAACAGCAGCUCACAUUAAGACUCAGGUCCAACACACAGAGAGGCAGAUCAAGGAGGAGUUUGAGGAGCUUCACCAGUUUCUACGAGAUGAAGAGGCGGCCAGGAUAGCUGCACUGAGGGAGGAAGAGGAGCAGAAGAGUCAGAUGAUGAAGGAGAAGAUUGAGAAGAUGAGCAGAGAGAUCUCAUCUCUUUCAGACCCAAUCAGAGCCAUAGAAGAGAAGAUGAGUGCUGAUGACCUCACAUUCCUGCAGAACUACAAGAGCACAGUGGAAAGAGCCCAGUGCACACUGCAGGAUCCAGAGAGGGUUUCAGGAGCUCUGAUCAAUGUGGCAAAACACCUGGGCAAUCUGAAGUUCAGAGUCUGGGAGAAGAUGCAGGAGAUUGUUCAAUACACUCCUGUGACUCUGGAUCCCAACACUGCAAGCCCAAUACUCAUCCUGUCUGAGGAUCUGACCAGUGUGAGACGUGGUGGUGAGAGACAGCAGCUUCCUUAUAACCCAGAGAGAUUUGAUAAGUAUUUCAGUGUCCUGGGCUCUGAGGGCUUUAACUCAGGGACACACUGCUGGGAUGUGGAGGUUAGAGAGAACACAUGGUGGAAUGUGGGUGUGAUGGCAGAGACUCAUCAGAGGAAGGGAGACUAUACCUCCAUGAGUGGACAGUGGUGUGUGGAGUAUGAAGAUGGUAAAUAUAGAGCAUGGUCUCCACCGCAGCCAUCCACUCUCCACACAGUGAAGCAGAAACUCCAGAGGAUCAGAGUGCAGCUGGACUGGGACAGAGGAAAGCUGUCAUUCUCUGACCCUGAUAAUAACACACAAUUACACACUUUCACACACACUUUUACUGAGAUAGUCUUUCCAUACUUUAGGACUCUCUCAGGUGUCCCUCUUAGGAUUUUACCAGUAAAAUGUUGCAUAGCGCUGAAGCAUCACAGUUAGAGCUCAUACAGCCUCUGUCUUACCAUGGAUGAUAAGAAUGCAAAACCCUGAUAGUAACACACAUCUAUAACAUCUAUGAGUCAUAGCUAAUUACCUGUCUUCAACAGGACUGGAAGCAAGGACACUAACAAUGCAGGCUCAUUUCUGUUCUCUCAUCACUCAAUCUCAGUGAAUUUGUUUAAAUGUUUAUUAUUUCUUCCUUUGUUUUCAAAAGAGUUUUGUCAGAAGAGUCAGAACCCAAAACAAAAUAAAAUGAAAGUCUGUCCA